CACUGGGUUGUGAUUCCUGCAUUGCAGGGGGUUGGUCUGGAUGACCCUCAGGGUUCCUUCCACCUCUACAUUUCUUUGAUUCUAUGAUGUCACUGUGAACUCUUUGCCCUGGCCAAUGAGAAGGCCAGGGAGGUGGACUGUUGGAAAAGGAACUUUGGGAAGUCUCUCUCCAGGGGCCAGUUGGAAAGUCUGGGAAGGAGAAGAAGUUGGAAAAAGUGGGUGAAGGCUGCCUCCAUGAUCUGCAGGCAGGCGGUGAGCAUGGUGAAGCUGAUGGGGAGGACCACCAUGGCCAGGGUGCUGGGUGGGAACCCAGGGUUUAAUAGCCACGGGCUGCCCACGCAGCAACAAAGGAGCUUGUCUCUGCACGAGUACCUGUGCAUGAAGCUCUUGAAAGACGCCGGCGUUUCCGUUCCCUACGGUCUGCUUGCGAGGACACCGGACGAAGCCUACCAGGUGGCGAGAGACAUUGGCACCACGGACCUGGUGGUUAAGGCGCAGGUUUUGACGGGGGGGCGGGAGAAGGGGACCUUUGAGGGCGGCCUGAAAGGAGGAGUGAGGAUCGUAUAUUCUCCAGAAGAAGCCCGGGAGAUCGCCUCCCUGAUGAUUGGCAAGAGGCUGUUCACCAAGCAGACGGGAGAAGAAGGCCGGAUCUGCAACCAAGUCCUCAUCUGCGAGCGCAGGUACCUCCGGAGGGAGUACUACUUUGCCAUCAUGAUGGAGAGGUCCUUCCAGGGCCCCGUGAUCAUCGCCAGCUCCCAGGGGGGCGUCAACAUUGAAGACACCGUGGAGGGGAAACCUGAGGCCAUCCUCAAGGAGCCCGUCGACAUUGUGGAAGGCCUUCAGGACGAACAGGCCCUGAAGAUCGCCGAGAAGAUGGGCUUCCCAUCUAACCUGGCAUACGACGCCGCGGACAAUAUGAUGAAGCUCUACGGCUUCUUCAUUAAGCACGACGCCCUCAUGGUGGAGAUCAACCCCAUGGUGGAGGACUCGACGGGGAAAGUGAUGUGCAUGGAUGCCAAGAUCAUUUUCGACAGCAACUCGGCGUUCCGCCAGAAGAAGAUCUUCGACCUGCAGGACUGGACCCAGGUGACGGAGGGAGACAGAGAUGCAGCCCACGCAGAGCUCAACUACAUCGGCUUAGACGGGAACAUCGGGUGCCUUGUGAACGGCGCCGGCUUGGCGAUGGCGACCAUGGACAUCAUCAAGCUCUACGGAGGAACCCCGGCCAACUACCUCAACGUCGGAGGGGGGGCCACCGUGGAGCAGGUGACGGAGGCCUUCAAGCUCAUCACGUCCAACGAAAACGUUCAGGCCAUCCUGGUCAAUAUUUUCGGGGGGCUCAUGAGGUGCGACGUCAUCGCCCACGGCAUCAUCAUGUCGGUCAAAGACCUGGAUCUCAAAGUACCGAUCGUCGUGCGGUUGCAAGGCACGCGGGUCGAAGACGCGAAGGUCUUGAUCGCCGAGAGCGGCCUGAGGAUCUUGCCCUGCGACGAUCUGGAUAAGGCCGCCAAAAUGGCCGUGAAGCUCUCGGCAAUAAUGAACCUGGCAAGGGAAGCGGAAGUGGAUGUUAUGUUCCAGUUGCCACACUGACGGAGCAGAUCUUUCCG